AUGGUUGUAUGCCAGGAGGUCUUUGGCAAAACAGAAACCGGGGAAGAUGUCAUCAAAUAUACUAUUCAAAAUAACAAAGGCCUCGAGCUGGUUGUGAUUUCUUGGGGAGCUACUUUAGUCUCACUAAAAUGCCCUGACAGGUAGGUCUCAGCUUGCGUGACUGACUUGUUCGCUUGUUAAAAUUCAUCAUCAUACACCGUCAAAUGAAAGCUUACUUGGCUCCGAGACUGAAGGGAAUAAAAUAAAAAAAUGGCAUUCCGAUUCAGGGAUGAAAAAAGAAUUUCGUUAGUUGUUUUUCCUUAGCCUCGAAGAAGAUGUAAGUCAAAACAUGGGCUUAAAUUAGAAAUUGGCCUUUUGGACCAAACUCAAGUGUGAGGUUUGUUGUCUCGAUCCGUUUUCUUUUCAGGCGUGUCCUAAAGAAAAACAAAAGAAAAAGUUAUCACAAGGGGUGAAGGGAUUUUUCAUGUCUCGUCUUUUCAAGAAUUGCUAUAAUUGGCCGGGUAUUUUGAGGUUGCGAUCUUCAAUUAAUAGCCCGUGAAACGUAAUUUGGAUAAAUGUAUGCAUCCGCACAAGGAGCUCGUGACAUUGUAGGUACGUGUUUCGAGAAGGCUCUUUGAAUAAACAUAUAUACCCAUGAAUCCAUUACACUGAAUAUUUAUUGUUCAUGGUUUAUACUUUCAAGUGAGAACAGCAGUUUUUUAGGUUGCUUUCGGUUUUUCUGGACUGAUCUUUUGCAUGUGGGUUCUGGAUUACUGAUGUUGAGAUUUAUAACCUCCCCCAACAUAGCCCUCUCCAGGAAAAAGAAGGGAAAAACUAAUGUGUUAAAUAAAUUAGAUAUCAGAAAUAUAGCAAUUAAAUGAAUUUAAAAACUUGAAUUAACCAAGCAUAAGUGAACAAUUAAGCAGACAAUAUGAAUUUAAAGUUAAGAGUUCAUGCAUCUACAUGUCAUAUUUUUAACAUGGUAGAGCAGAAACGUUCAAGUGUCUGAAGAAAACACUGCAUAACUGCAAUGCAGGCAAAUAAAAAAUAGCUCCCCAUAAAUUCACAAAAAUUUUCACAUGAAAAGAUUAAGGCUGGUUUGGUAUCUAAAAGCAGGUUUUUUUUUCACAGUGUUUCACAUGCCAAAAUAAAUCACAUGUGUUUCACAUGAACUGCACAUAUUAUUUGUAAUUCACAGGUUUGGCUCCCAGCAGUAAGUUUUGAGCCCCAACAGGACACACAAAAAACGUGAAUUCCAGCUUGUCCUUUGGGCAGGCAGCUGUCAUACAUUUUGCUUGUCCAGGGCCACUUUUUACUCAUCUUAGUUAACAAUCUUGUUAGAGGAUGACUUUCCUGAACCCUUGCCCACUGGUUAGUCCUUUAAGCCCUAAGAUCAAAAUUUGAAUUCUCAUGCGUUGUCCCCAUUUUAUUUACUACAGAAGUAGUGGGAAGAAGUUGAUAAAAUAUCAAGCAAAUUCAUCUUGUGUGAUUAUGUCUGUAAUUCUCAUGACCACUCUAUUUUACAAAGCAUUGAUAUUACAAGGAGAAAUUUGAUGCUGAUCAUUCUUAGGGCUAAUAAAGAGUUAAAAGCUACUUGCCCAGCAAGAAAAUCUAGUCGUCCUGGACAACCAGAUGGGGCUUUUUCAAGCCCUGCUGAAAAAAGCAAACAGCAAUAUUUGAAUCUACAUGCAACAAGGGAUAUUCUUAUACAUACACAGUAGUUAUUAUUGGGUCACUUUACUAUAGCAGUGUUUUUAAUUUCCAGGAAUGGGAAGAUAGAUGAUGUAGUUCUAGGAUAUGACAAACUAGAAGGUAAAAUCACAGUUUGAAAAAUGAACUCUUAGAUGGUUUUAUUUUAAUAUAUAGAUUUAGCCAGGGCUAAAAGCGAAGCUCUGGUUGUUUUGUAGGACUAAAAGGUCAAACUUCCUAGUUACACAUUAUUUUUAUGGAGGAAUUGUCGUAUGUGCUUACCCAAUAUUUUGUCUCCUGUGUUUAUGUUCGCUUUUAUUUUUCACUGCCGCUUAUUUUCACCUUGCUGGCUGCUAGCAUUUCUCAUUGCCUCACAUCCGUUUUGAAUUUUCAUGUUUUUCUUCCUACAAAAUUCGUCUCUUUUGUUUUUAAUCACUUGCUCUAGCUCUUUCUCUCAAAUAACGGCGAAAAAAACACGACUUUGUUGUUGUUUAAUUUUUCUUUCAAAAGUCUUUUUCUUUCCAAAUAAAACCUUGAGUUGCAUUUGGGUUGCCAUACCUGUUGAUUGAAUAAUUUUACAUUGGUAUGCCUGUGGUGCAGACAAACGGUUGGGCGGGCCGGCGGUCGGUGUACGGUCAUGUGAUUACCAAAUUUUCUCGGAUGGGUAGUUUACCACAUUUCUUUACCCAUGGUACUCCGCUGUGCGUGCUUCGCAUGCGACAGCUCCACUAUUAAAAUCUUGUUAUCUUUUUUAUUUUUUUGCCGUACAAAAUUAUGAUAAAGAGUUUUUACUUUAAUGUCUGAUUUUAAAUUAAGACUACUUGGAAAACCCGCCAUCAUUUGGAUCAACUGUUGGAAGAUUUGCUAACAGGAUAGCUUAUGGAAAAUUCACACUUGAUGGGAAAGAAUACCAGCUGGCCAUAAACAACCCACCCAAUCACUUGCAUGGGGGAUUUAAAGGCUUUAGUAAGGUACACUUUAUUUUUUUGCCCAUCAAAAGCCAACAAUUUAUGAUAUAUUUACUAUGCAAUACUGAAUUUCAAGAUUUAUAUAGUACAUGUACACUGUAUAUGUUACAAGUUAAAAUUAAACCUUGGUUGACUCUCAAUUUCCUUUGUGUCCUAGCCCUGAUUAUUCAUGAAUUAGGGCAGUAGGAGACAAGGAUAUUGAAACUCAACCUAGGUUAAAAAAUUUUAACCUAAAGUAAUUUGUAAUUAACUGUAAUGGCCACCUAAUUGACAACAAUUAAUUUUUUUUAGUUCUUUUGAUGGUGGGACCAUUAAAAAGAUACGUGUACAGAGAAAAAGUCCUCACUUAGUUGGGUUGUUUGUUUAUGUAUUUUACUCGUAGCAAAACUGGCAAAGUAAAGUAAAGGACCAAAAUGCGGUUGAAUUUAAAUAUGUAAGCUGUGAUGGAGAUCAAGCCUACCCAGGUGAGCUGACGGCUGAGGUGGUGUACUGUCUCACAGAUGACAAUGAAGUCAAGCUGCAUUACAAGGCUAGCACUAAAAGUCCCAGCAUUCUCAACCUGACUAAUCAUGCCUACUUUAAUUUGGCUGGACAGGUAAUUAUGCAAACAGGGUGCAAAGAAUGUCAGUUAUACAGCUUUGCCAUUUGAGCAAGCUGCACUUAUAAGCCUGCAUAUAAUUAAUUUUUUUAUGUACUAUCCCAAAAGUCAUUUCAAAUAGCCAAAAUUUUUUUCGAUGAGUAGCUAGGAUUGAUUACAGUUCGUCAGUGAUUUGAAUUCCCCACAAAAGACAUCACUUGCCUGUUGUGCAAGUCAAGAAGUUAAGAACAGAAUUCACUAAGCCCCAAAAGCAAAAUCCACUAGCCCUGGGCUGUCGGACACCACUUCCUUUGCACGCUCAAAGUAAUUUUUUAUUUGCAUUUUUUUUGUUCUGCUUAAUUUUAUCACCGAUGAAGUCCACUAGCUAUUUCCUUUGUUGUUGUGUUUAAGUUACUUCAGUUUACUUCUCACCGAAGCAGUAAGACAACCUUGGUACUGAAAAGUUAGACUGCAAGACUAGUAGUCUCUCUUUUUCUUCAAAUUUAGUUAGGGGAGUGUCCGCUAAGGCGAGCGUAAGUCUAGGAAAAGAUGAUCAACAUCAGAUUUCUCUUUACAUUUUAUAUUUAUCGUCGCAGGUUGAACGUGAUGUUUUGGAUCAUGUAGCUCAAAUAAAGGCACCUUCUUACUUGCCUACAAAUGAUGUACAGAUUCCAACAGGUACUUAACAAGAGUUGCGUUAUAAACAGUGGUGGAUCCAGGGGAGGGGCCCAGGGGGCUGGCCCCCCCCCCAUCUCGGGGUCUGGAUGACCAGGUACCCCCUUUGUCUGAAGGUCUGGAUCUGCCACUGAUACAAAAACCAUAAAAAAAAAUAAAAAACUCCUCUAUACUUACCUGACAGUGUACAUGUUAAGCCCCCUGGGUGUCAUAUGAUUUGGAAAUUGUCCUCAAAUAAAAUCAAACUGUACAACAUAUAGAACAUAAUUGUAUAGAUGGAUUUUGCAGCUGACAUGAGGUUUUAUACAUUAGAUUUCCAUGAACAUUGAAUUGUGGGAUGAAAGUUUUGUAUGUACAGUACUAUGUAAAUUUCAGAAGUUUUUUUUAAAUUUCAGGUUUGAAUCAAGUAACUGACAGUAUCAACAAAGUUUUUUUACUGGCAUUUCCUAAAAUGUGACUCAGGAACUAAAUUUGAGGUGACCGUUUUUCCUCAACAUUAUCUCACAGACAGAUAAAUCAAAAUAACUAACAUUACUAACUUGCGUAAAUGUAAACUGAAAAAAACGUUUCUGACCAAAAUAAUGAUUUAUGAAAACUCAUCAUAAUUACAUUUUCAUUCAGAUAUCUUUUUUUGUUUACAAUGUCAUUCAAAAAAGCUUCUUCCUAGCCGACCUCCAGGAAAAAUGUCUUAUUGAAACCCCAGUUACUUGUCAGAUACUAACUUUACACACUUAUAUCUCAAGGUGAAAUAUGCUCAGUGUCAAGCCCAAAUAGUGCAUUUGAUUUCUUAACGCCAAAGCCAAUAGGGCAAGAUAUAGACAAGAUUGGAGGCUAUGACCACAACUUCUGUCUACCAAAAAGCAAGGAAUAUUGUGCAGAGUAAGUUAUUUACUGUAAAAUUCUGAAAAUAAGCCCCUCCAUGUAUAAGCCCCCCAAACCGCGGUAACGCAAAAAACCCUCUGUUAAAUCGCCCUUCCAAAAAAUAUAAGCCACCGGGGAAUUUAGAAAGUUGCCUUCAAAUACAAAGUAAAACAAAGCAAAAAUGGUAAAUUUACAUCCAACUACAAGGCUAGUCCAAUCGGUUCAAAACGCAAAUUUCCCUCCAUAGAAAAGCCCCUCUGAAUAUAAGCCCCUCCAAAUAUAAGCCCUUCAAAAAGGGCCUUUGAAAACUAUAAGCCCCGGGGCUUAUUUUCAGAAUUUUACUGUAGUUAAGAUAAGAAAUUAUCCCAUGGUCAAUGAUCUUUUACCAGUGAAAGUUUUCAAUCAACAGUUUACUGGCAUCUAACUGUGCUUUUGAGCAUAUUAAAUAUUCCCCAAAUAACAUCCUCAGAAAAUAAACAUCAAACUUCACAAAAACAAAUGAAAUUCUUAGAAUUUUAGCUGUGUUUUCACAAUUCUUGUGAAAUUUGUCAUUCAUGUUCUCCGACUACCACGUGAAAUUUUCUUUGGUGUUAUUACAGAUAACUAAUAAUUACAUCUUGCCCUUGAAAAAUGUAACAAAACAGUGCAAUAUUCUUUAAAGUAUUCUGGUACAAGGUUUUUGUCGACUGAAAAUUAAUAUCACUCAAUUUCCUGAUGAAUUUUGUCUUAAUUCUUCAGAGUUUAUCAUCCCACCAGUGGCCGUGUAGUUACAAUGUUUACCGAUCAGCCAGGAGUACAGUUUUAUACUGGUAAUGGUCUGGAUGGGUCACCAGGCAAAGGAGGUGUGUGUUAUCCUAAGUACGGUGCAUUCUGCUUGGAAGCACAGAAUUACCCUGAUGCAAUUAACCAGGUCAGUUCAGUUUGAUGUCAGUUGUGCAGAAUAAGGGCUCGAAAAAACUUGAAUUCCAGCUGUUAUUUGAGCAAGUAGCUCUCACAUUUUCCUUGACUGAGGCCACUUCUCGCUCAUCGUAGUUAAUGAUUUAGUAAGAAGAUGACCCUUAGACUAUUGCCCAUCAGGGCAAGUGAGCUUCCAAAGUUACUUGCUCAGCAAGAAAAUCUACGUGUCCUGAAACUCUGUUUUAUUGUUAAAAACACAGUAAAAAAACUGCAUGUUUAACCAUCUUUUAAGUGACCCCUAACUCUCUGCAUAAGUGAACCAAAGUCCCAACAAACAUCAACUAACAAUAUCCAUAUGUUGCAAAAGAAAUUGAGUUAAUAAAAUGAUGGUGAAAAAAUGCUUUGAUCUGUUAACAAACACUUCAACUAAUUCUUUUGGAUGACAUAUAAUUACAUGUGGUAAUAACUGCAUUUGGUCACAUAUAACUACAGUAAUAAGGUCGCAUCAGAAAUAGCUCUGCACCAUGAGGAAGAAAUCUAUUUUGUUGACAGUAUCCAUGGUUGUUUUAUUUUGUUUUAUCAACAGGACAAUUUCCCAAGCCCUAUUCUCCGCCCUGGUGAAGUCUACCAACAGGUUACAGUCUACAGAUUUGGUGUCAAACCAUAAAACACAAGCUGCAAAGAAACUACAAGCAAAUUGUGGAUAACUGACAUUAACCAGAUGGGUUUCUUGAGGGAUGACGAGCUUUGUCAUGAAAAUAAUAGGUUUACAAAAACAUUUACAAUUUAGUAGCUGUGGGUGCCCUAGGUAAUAAAAUUAAUUUAAUAAAUUAUUGUGUUUGGUUUUAAGUUCCUGCACCCCAUGCAUUUGUCUUCUAAUAAUUUAAAGUGUUAUUUUAUAGGGCCGAAACUGUGGUUACUUCUUUGUGUUGACUGUCUUAGUUCCCCGUCUUUUCUUUCAUUACAAAAUCCUUGACUUGAUGAUAUGGUAUUUCAUUUUGGUUCCACAGCCAAGAAACAGAAAUUGUUGACCAGUUAAGUAAAUUAAAAUAUCAGUGGGUAUUUUAUAGUCCGGGUUAGGGGGUGGAGAUGUGUGACAUGUCAGACUAGGUAUUUUAAAAUAUUCUUCCUUUUAUGCAUAGUGGCUGUUGCUGGUAUAACUUGUGAAAUCUAUUAAAAUGAUAAUUAUGCAAUAAAUUCUUUGCUCAU